AUGGGACCUCAGUCUGAGGGACGCCCAUCUGGAGAGGGGCGCGGCUAUGGUGGAGGCCCGCCGUAUACCGAGGAUGGACGGCGAUACCAGACGGAUAGAAAUAUGGACCAGCAACUCGCCAGGCCAAAUGGCGCAUUUGCGUCAGAUAAUAGACUGGCGGUAUCACCUGCUGGUAGUGCAAGUGGGAGAGAAAGGGAACGAGAUGGGGAAUCCCAGAAGACUAGCGGAGAGCGCAAGAGGUCCCGGACACGAAAUGGCCGGACAGCAUCUGGACAGCUUAGGAUGUGCAAGAAAUGUGGUGAACCCUUAACCGGUCAAUUCGUACGCGCGCUGGAUGGCACAUUUCACUUGGAUUGCUUCAGAUGUCGGGACUGCGGACAAAUAGUAGCUUCAAAGUUCUUUCCGGUCGAUGAAGAGGAUGGGGAAGGUCAAUAUCCUUUGUGUGAGACAGAUUACUUCAGGAGGUUAGACCUCAUAUGCCAUAAGUGUAAUGGGGCAUUGCGGGGUUCAUAUAUUACGGCUCUGGAUCGGAAAUAUCAUAUCGACCAUUUUACAUGUUCGGUUUGCCCGACGGUAUUUGGAGCGCAAGACAGCUACUACGAGCACGAUGGGCAAGUUUAUUGUCACUAUCAUUACUCGACACAAUUUGCGCAACGGUGCAAUGGCUGCCAGACCGCAAUCUUGAAGCAGUUUGUUGAGAUAUUCCGCAACGGGCAGAACCAACACUGGCACCCCGAAUGUUAUAUGAUCCAUAAAUUCUGGAAUGUGAGACUCGCAUCAUCACAGGACGCCGUGGAAGCAAGACCUCAGUUGGCAGAUGAAACAGACGAGCAAGGGCGCAAUGCCGUAAAGGAUGAGGAAGAAAGAAUGGAGGAGAAGGUCUACAGAAUAUGGAGUGUUCUUUCCACCUUUGAAGAGUCUUCUGCAGCAUGUAUAUCAGACAUGCUGCUCAAUGUGAGCAAUGGCGCUUACGUGGACGGGGUAAUGGUCGCCAAGAAGUUCAUUAUGCAUGUCGACUUGUUGUUCAGACUUUCAUACUCACGAGAAGCAAAACUUUUGUGCAAAAAAAUAGUCUCGUUCUUUUCUCUACUUUCAAAGACGCAAGAAACAGGUGUCCGAAAGCUUGGCGUUACCCAGGAAUUGCUCGCAUUGGUUACGGGGUUGGCUCAUUACUUGAAACUCCUGAUUCGGAUAUGCCUCCAAGGAUCCCUGAAAGUGGAAAGAGAGCAGAAGAGUUCCGAUGGUCUUUAUCAAUUCCUGGACGAGCUUAAUGACCUAGAGGUCAUCAAGACCGAUGAACGGUCACUCGAGGACAUAACUGGCACAUCUGGCCUUUCUGGAUCACAGUCGGACUGUUGCAUGAGUUGCAAACUCCCCAUUGAAGAUGAAUGCACACGUCGCGAGGAGCAAAGAUGUCAUCUAGCAUGUCUGAGAUGUGCUAAUUGCGCCCGUGAACUGGCACAGAAUCUUGAGGAUGUUCGAUGGUCCAGUCAAAACGAAGCGAUAUACUGCAAUAAUUGCGAAAAACGAGUGCCUGGCGGUGCAGUCGGCGGCUUUGAGAAGGUCACGAGGCUUGAGCAAUACAUUUUCCUCUUGAGGGCUGCUCUUGCAAGGCUAUUGGGGGUACUCAAAUCGACCGGCACGGUUCCCCACACAGCGGACGAUCCCAACUUGAACGGCUACAACUCCAGUGAGGGCCAUCGAUUGGCGACAAUAGCUGAGCCGCCUCUACUAAGAUCAGACACUCGCUCCAAAUCAUAUGGCGGAAAUGCGGAUGACAAUCCCCGGGAAUCGUCGUAUGAAAAUACACUAAACGAUGUUCGUCGACUAAGAAGCACGCGAAUGGACAAGCAUCUUUCUUCGACCAUCAAAAAAGCGAGAACAUCCCGUAUAAUGGAUGGCCCGGACGGUCGUAGCGUUAGACCGGGAUCCGCAGGAGCCGAUGGGUCAGAUACCAGGAAUGGCGAUUUCCAAAUCGUUGAAGAACGUGAUGGCAACGGUGAAUCGAGAACUGAGCUCUUGUUUGGUAAGGAAAAUGCUCUUACGUUGGACGAUAUUCCAAGAAUUGUUGCCGCAGAGCAAGCUAAAGACCAGCGACCCAAUGCUUACAAGCAUGCUCGCCACGAAAUGUUCCGGACUUCUGUUACAGAACCAAAGCUUCUCAAUGGCCACCAACGAAACUUUUCCAGUGGCAAUGGGCUUGAUAUGCCUGCUCCCGGGGAGCCAUCAUCGCAGCGACGAGAUGGAGGCAAGAGGUAUUUUUCUGAGCUCUCCGCCUUGGAAUACUUCAUCGUCCGCCAUGUCGCUGUUAUUGCGAUGCAGCCAAUGCUCGAGGGGCAUUUCACCAUGGAGGAGCUACUCAACUUGAUCGAGACAAGGAAGCCAACGUUCUGGAAUAAAAUGGGGAAAGCUUUUAAGAACGAUGCAAAGAAAGGUAGCAAGAAGAAGGGCGUAUUCGGUGUCCCUCUCGAACAAAUCAUCGAGAGGGACGGAGCCGACUCGACCGAUGGAAUCGGGCCCGGGGCUUUGCGGAUACCCGCUAUCGUGGACGACUGUGUGACCGCUAUGCGGAAAAUGGACCUCUCGGUUGAAGGUGUCUUCCGGAAAAAUGGAAACAUCAAAAGAUUGAACGACACGAUGGCAGCCAUCGACAGGGAUGGAUGUGAUGCCGAGAAGCUGGCCCAACAGAAUGUUGUACAGAUCGCUGCCCUUCUUAAAAAGUACCUGCGAGAACUUCCAGAUCCGUUAUUGACUUUCAAGUUGCACCGACUCUUCAUCGCGUCACAAAAGAUAAAUGAUGAAGAAAAACGCCGACGUGUUUUACAUUUGACAUGUUGUCUGCUUCCGAAAGCUCACCGAGAUUCGUUGGAAAUUCUAUGCUCGUUCUUCAAUUGGGUAGCGUCAUUCCACCAAGUUGAUGAGGAGUCAGGUUCAAAAAUGGACACGCACAACCUGGCUACUGUCAUUGCCCCAAACAUUCUAUAUACGAAUGCAAAGACCCCUGUUGAUGAUAAUUUCCUGGCUAUUGAGGUCGUACACACGCUCAUCGAGUGCAACGAGCAGAUGUGUGAAGUACCUGAAGACCUCCAGUCGAUACUGGGCGAUCCCACGCUUUUCAACAACACUAGCGACAUCACCACCAAAGAAAUCUUGAAACGCUAUGGAGAUAUCGGCCAAAACGGUGGGGCUCGCCAUCAAGUCGAGACAGUAGAGGGUUUAUCACCAUCGAAGGACGACGGUGGACGACCGCUGGCUCCAGUUCUUACUCGAGUUGACACCGACCCAUCUCAGACAAAUGCCUGGCAAAAGGAAAGCAGUGUGCGGCACAUCCAGGAACCUUCUGCGCCUUAUGGAGCUCCGGGCAACCAAAAUACACCACCACAGCAGUGGCAUAAUCCAGAUUUAGAAGCGCCCUUGCCGUUUAUCCAUCGAAAUGGCACUCCGGAUAGUCAGGCCGAGCACUCUCGUCGGGAAUAUCGCAAUUCAGGAUGGGGUCGACCGCGAAAUGGAUCAGUCGGCGUCGGCGUAACUGGAGCUGGUUAA